GCAUUUUGUUUUAUUUUUGUUGAUGUAGAGAAUUGGUUAGAAUAAUAAAAUUUCCCAAUUCCUAGAUUCAUAAUGGAUUCAUAAAUGAACCACUAGCUUAAUGUGCACUUAUUAAUUAGUCCUGCAAACAUGGAGACACCUAGCACCAGCGCUCACACAUCGCGAGCCGCCGCAAUCUGUGUAUUCUGCCUCCAAGUGGGGUGCGAUAGGAAUAUCCUGACUGAAUACCUAGAUUCUGGACAGAGUGAGGUCUAUGCCGAUAUGCUGAGGGACACAUUCAAUAUCGAGAUAACCAAAGAGAACACGGGCACCGCGGAGGUCCCCCACAUCUGCAGUGAGUGUGUGGCGGCCCUGCGGGCGGCGCGCUCCUUCAAGAGGAGGGUGCUGGCGAGCCAGAGGAACUUCAGUCAGUACUGGCGGUUGGCCGAGAAGAAGUGUAUAAAGAUUACUGAUCCAGACUACGCAACGGCAGUGGCUGUGGCACCAGAACCUCCUCCGGUGAAGACAGAGGUGCCUGAUGAUGACCAGUACCACUUCCAGGAUGUGGAGAUUAUUGAGCCUGAUGAUGAUGAUGAUGAAUACCUAGCCAACAUAAAGCAGGAGCUCGCCUCGUCCCGCGCCCGCGCCCCCCUCACCCCGUCCCCUCCCCGCGCCCCGCGGGGGAGGAAGCGGCGGCGGGACGCGUGCUGGACCAAGACUGUGCUGUUGGGUAGUGGUGAUGAUGGCCUGAACUCAAAGACUACAGACUGGAUGAAAAUAGCGGAGCGGCGCGGGAACGGACCACUGCUACGCGCCAACACGCUGACCCUCCUCGCUAACUCUACCGUGUGCGUGUUCCAGUGGAACAAGAGCCGAUACCGAUGCUUCUGCUGCAAAGAACCUUUUUCAAACAUGACCUCCUUGCGAGAACACACGCAGGCCGCACACACGCUCAAAACCAUAGAGAAAAAAAUAAUCCUGCAACAAAAUAGGUUGGUCAAGGUUGAGGUAUCCUCCUUGCAGUGCAAAAUAUGUUCGAAACCGAUGACAGAUUUAAAUACGUUAAAGCGACAUCUAGUGGAGAGCCAUGGAGUUGAGUUCGGGUUGAGCACAGAGGAUUUGUUAGUGCCAUUUAAAUUAGAGUCUGAAGAUUUGCAGUGCCAGUUGUGUUCGGAAAAGUUUACGCUGUUUAGGUUGUUGAAUAUACACAUGAAUAAACAUUACCAGAAACAGGUGUGCCAUAUUUGCGGCGCUGGAUUCUCAAAUUUGGUGUUUUUGAAUCUACACAAAACUCGGUCGCAUAAGCCGUUGAAGUGUAAUGAGUGUAAUUUAGAAUUUGGCAGUCGGAGUGAGAAGAAAGACCACGAUGUCCAUGUGCAUAAUGUCAAAUUGGAAAGAAAGUUAAGAUUUCCUUGCCCUUUUUGCCAAGAAAGAUUUUUCCAAGAGAACUUUAAAGUGCAACAUUUGGUAGAAAAACACGGUAUGGCGCGGCCAGAGCACAAGUGUCCUGUGUGUCCAAAAGUGUACAUAACGAAAAGCCUGUGCAAUAACCAUGUGAAAAACGUGCACAUGAAAGAGAAGAAUCGUGAGUGCGAUGUUUGUCACAUGAGAUUUUACACAAAGUCCGAUGUGGCGCGACACAGAGUAACUCACACGGGGGAGAAGAAUUUCUCGUGUAAUCUGUGUAACAAUCUGUUCGCGUCUAAAGACUCUUUGCGGCGACAUCUCAAAAGGACUCACAUUAUGAAUUCUAAUUAAAUACCUGAAACCAA